GGCUCCCCGACGUGCACGUUCACUUUGACCUCACGUUUCAGCGCGCACCCGGUGUCUGAGCGCUGUGGUUUCUGGACCCCCCAGGAAGCCCGACAAAACGCAGCCUCCAGCGUGGAGCGCUCGUGCCCACUCAAGGCGGAUGUUAAGUGGGUGGCGAAUGCUGCCCGACUUCUGCAGAGAUUUAGAGGGGCCCAGCCUGGCGCAGAGCGUCUCGAGAGGUUUGGAGAACCAGCCUAGUGUUUGUUGCCAAACCACUGGCCUCUUGAGUUCCUCCCUGCUCCUGCUGUUCCUAGAAACUCUCUCUUCGAAAUAAGCUGUGAGAAAGACCACCAGCCAUGGUUCACCUGGACUAUGAUGUUUCCCAGAAUUCAAGACUUUCAGUGCUAAAAUGAGGAAAAUCCCAGGCAAAACAGGAAGAAUUUGAAUUCACAUCUGUCAAACAAGAAAAGGUGAAAAUGAGCAGCCGCCGGAAACGGGCUCCUCCAGUGAAGGUAGAUGAGGAAAAGCAGCAGCAACUCCGUUGGAACAUGCACGAGGACCGGAGGAACGAGCCUCUGGCCUUGACUGAUGACGAGCAGCCCUCCCCAGGUGCCGACUGCUCUCCUCAGUGCGUCCUCCUGGAGGAUAGUCCUCAGGAUGAAGUGGCUCACAGAGAUAAGAAAAGGUGUUCUGAGGCCGUGAGCUUCUCAACAGCAUCUAAGAAAGAAGAGACUGUUGGUGAUUUUCUCUCUCUGUCUGUAAAGUUGAAUAUUGUGAUUUUUCCCUAUCACUUUGAUAGUUCUUGGAAAGCAUUUUUGGGAGAAUUAACUCUUCAGCUUCUUCCCGAACAGAGUUUAGAUGAUAAUUUUUCUGAGAGGAGUUUUACUUUGAUGAGUUCAGAGUCAAGCAGUCAGUUCCUGAUAUAUGUUCAUUCUGAAUGUGAAGAUGUGGAGAAACAAGAAAAGGGACUCAAAGAAUCAGUCAACCUUUGUGACAAGGGUAUUCAAGUGGAAUCAUCUUUCAGUGGUGAAAUGUUAGAAGACUUGGGAUGGCUACAAAAGAAGAAAAGAAUAAAACUUUACCAAAGACCAGAAGGAAGUCACAUUAUCAAGGUUGGAAUUUAUAUUCUGGAAGAUGGCCUAGCAAAACUGGACUCUUUCAGUGAUGCAAGUUCAAGAAUGAAAAAGUUCAAUCAACUCAUGAAGAAGGUGAUGGAAAAAUUAUAUAAUUUUAUUAUUCCAGAUGUAUUGGGAAAUGAUGAGGACGACUCAGAUAGUGAGCCGGAGGGACAGGACAUUGAUGAGCUCUAUCACUUUGUGAAGCAAACACAUCAGCAGGAAACACAGUCUGUCCCUGUGGACGUGCAGCAUCCCGCACUGAUGCCUGUGCUGAGACCCUACCAGAGAGAGGCCGUCAACUGGAUGCUGCAGCAAGAGCGUUUCAGAAGUACCCCGACUGAUGAAAGUUCCCUGCACUUCUUGUGGCGAGAGAUUAUUACACCAGAGGGUUUGAAACUCUAUUAUAAUCCAUAUACAGGAUGCAUCAUCCGUGAGUACCCACAUUCUGGGCCACAGUUGCUUGGUGGAAUCUUAGCAGAUGAGAUGGGUCUUGGAAAGACAGUGGAGGUUUUGGCACUGAUUCUGACACAUACUCGACAAGAUGUCAAACAAGAUAUUCUCACUCUUCCUGAGGGAAAAGAGGUGAACUAUUUCAUCCCAUCCCAUUGUUUCAGAGGAUCAGUUAAAGACACAAAAACUCAGAAUAUGGAAUUUGAACCAAAAGAAAAAGUUCAGUGCCCCCCUACCCGUGUGAUGAUCCUGACAGCUGUAAAAGAAAUGAAUGGGAAAAAAGGAGUUUCCAUCCUUUCUAUCUAUAAGUAUGUCAGUUCUAUAUAUAGAUAUGACGUUCAACGAAACAGGAGUCUUCUGAAACGGAUGCUGAAAUGUUUAAUUUUUGAAGGUCUUGUGAAACAGAUCAAAGGUCAUGGUUUCUCAGGGACCUUUACAUUGGGGAAGAAUUACAAGGAGGAGGAUAUAUGCGAUAAAACAAAAAAGCAGACAGUAGGAAGUCCAAGGAAAUUUCAGAAAGAACCUAGAAAAUCAGGGAAUAAAGACACAGAUUCUGAAUACGUGCCAUCAAAUACCUCCGAUGACGAUGAUGAUGACCCUUACUAUUAUUAUUAUAAGGCCAGGAAAAAUCGUAGUAAACUGAAGAAAAAGCCCAUGCCAUUCACGAAAAAAGGGAAAAGUCAGCCUGAUACCAAUGCUGAUGUACAAGGUCACUGUCCAGCCUCAAGUGAGUCUGGAAUUACUGAUGUUGCCAUGUCUGAAAGUACUUGUGUCUCUGAAGUCAAUCAAGAGCAAGAAGCUAAGGACCACAGGGAAUCUCUAAACCCUGCUAGGAAUGAGGGACCAUGUUCUGAUGUCCUGAGUCCCUAUGAUAAUGCUGAUUAUCGCUUUGAGUGCAUAUGUGGUGAAUUUGACCAGAUAGACCGUAAGCCCCGUGUUCAGUGCCUGAACUGCCACCUGUGGCAACAUGCAAAGUGUGUGAACUAUGAAGAGGAGAACCUGAAAAUUAAGCCUUUUUACUGUCCCCACUGCCUUGUGGCAAUGGAGCCAGUAUCGACAGGAGCAACUCUGAUCAUCUCUCCGAGCUCCAUCUGCCACCAGUGGGUGGACGAGAUCAACCGGCAUGUGAAGUCCUCAUCUCUUCGAGUCUUGGUAUAUCAAGGAGUAAAGAAAGAUGGCUUUUUACAGCCUCACUUCUUGGCAGAACAAGAUAUAGUUAUCAUCACCUACGAUGUCCUUCGUUCAGAACUGAACUAUGUGGAUAUCCCACAUAGCAAUAGUGAGGAUGGGCGUCGCCUCCGGAACCAGAAGCGGUACAUGGCCAUUCCCAGCCCCCUGGUAGCUGUGGAGUGGUGGAGGAUCUGCCUUGAUGAAGCCCAGAUGGUUGAAUGUCCAGCAGUGAAAGCUGCAGAAAUGGCCCUGCGUUUGAGUGGGAUUAAUCGGUGGUGCAUCAGCGGCACUCCAGUACAGAGAGGCCUGGAGGAUCUUUUUGGGUUAGUGGUCUUUCUUGGUAUCGAACCUUACUGUGUCAAACACUGGUGGUUUCGGCUCCUCUACCGCCCGUACUGCAGGAAGAUUCCUCAGCAUCUCUACAGCUUUAUUGCCAAGAUUCUGUGGAGGAGUGCAAAGAAAGAUGUGAUCGACCAAAUCCAGAUACCUCCGCAGACCGAAGAAACACACUGGCUGCACUUUUCUCCAGUGGAAAGACAUUUCUAUCACCGUCAGCAUGAGGUGUGCUGCCAGGACGCCGUGGUCAAACUCAGGAAGAUUUCUGACUGGGCUCUCAAGCUCAGCAGCCUGGACCGAAGGACUGUCACCUCCAUCCUGUACCCAUUGCUAAGGCUCAGGCAGGCCUGCUGCCACCCACAGGCUGUGCGUGGGGAGUUCUUGCCCCUACAGAAAAGCACCAUGACAAUGGAGGAGCUGCUGACAUCGCUGCAGAAGAAAUGCGGGACUGAAUGUGAAGAAGCUCAUCGGCAACUCGUCUGUGCCCUCAAUGGCUUAGCAGGCAUCCAUAUCAUUAAAGGUGAGUAUGCUUUGGCAGCAGAACUCUACCGAGAAGUGUUACGUUCAUCUGAGGAACACAAAGGAAAACUCAAAACUGAUUCACUUCAGAGACUUCAUGCUACCCAUAACUUGAUGGAAUUAUUGAUAGCCAAGCACCCAGGGAUACCUCCUACUUUGCGAGAUAGUAGACUUGAAGAAGAGGCCAAACAGCUGCGAGAGCACUACAUGAGCAAGUGUAACACAGAAGUAGCUGAAGCCCAGCAAGCUUUGCAGCCUGUGCAACAGACUGUACGGGAGCUUCAAAGAAAAAUUCAUUCUAAUUCUCCUUGGUGGCUGAAUGUAAUCCAUAGAGCAAUAGAAUUUUCUAAGGAUGAGGAACUUGUUCAGCGAGUACGAAAUGAAAUAACCAGCAACUACAAGCAACAAACCGACAAGCUUUCUAUGUCAGAGAAGUUCCACGACUGCAGAGGUCUUCAGUUCUUACUUACAACACAAAUGGAUGAGCUAAAUAAAUUCCAGAAGCUGGUAAGAGAAGCUGUCAAAAACCUGGAGAAACCUCCAUCUCGUAAUGUUAUUGAAUCUGCAACAGUCUGCCACCUCCGACCAGCCAGACUUCCUCUCAACUGUUGUGUCUUCUGUAAAGCUGAUGAAUUGUUCACAGAGUAUGAAUCAAAGCUGUUUUCUAACACAGUCAAAGGCCAGACUGCAAUAUUUGAGGAGAUGAUAGAAGAUGAAGAAGGUCUGGUGGAUGAUCGAGUACCUACUACCACCCGGGGUCUGUGGGCAAUAAGUGAGACAGAACGAUCCAUGAAGGCAAUACUGUCAUUUGCAAGAUCUCAUCGAUUGGAUGCUGAAUUCAUAGAUGAAGGAAGUGCUUCAAUGGAACUCUUUGAAGCAUGGAAGAAGGAAUAUAAGUUGCUUCAUGAGUAUUGGAUGACCCUGAGGAAUCGUGUAUCUGCUGUCGAUGAACUCGCAAUGGCUACAGAGCGACUAAGAGUGCGGCAUCCUAAGGAGCCAAAGCCAAACCCACCCGUUCAUCAUAUCAUUGAACCACAUGAGGUAGAACAAAAUCGUAUAAAACUACUAAAUGAUAAAGCCGUUGCCACAUCACAGCUUCAGAAGAAACUUGGACAGCUUCUUUACCUAACUAAUUUGGAAAAGUCUCAAGACAAAACAUCAGAAGGUAUUAAUCCAGAACCUUGUCCAAUCUGUGCUCGACAGCUAGGAAAACAGUGGGCAGUACUGACCUGUGGGCACUGUUUCUGCAAUGAGUGCAUCGCUAUCAUUAUCGAGCAGUACAGUGUGGGGUCUCACCGAAGCUCCAUUAAAUGUGCCAUCUGCCGCCAGAACACAUCUCACAAGGAAAUCUCCUAUGUCUUCACCUCAGAGCAAGCAAGCCAAGAGGAGGACAUCCCCGUGAAGGGUAGCCAUUCCACAAAAGUAGAAGCUGUGGUCCGAACUCUCAUGAGAAUACAACGUACAGACCCAGGAGCUAAAGCCCUUGUCUUCUCCACGUGGCAAGAUGUAUUAGAUAUUAUUUCAAAAGCUCUUACUGACAACAACAUGGAGUUUGCACAAAUCAGUCGUGUUAAGACAUUUCAGGAGAACCUAUCAGCGUUUAAACAUGAUCCCCAAAUCAAUAUUUUGCUGCUGCCCCUGCACACAGGUUCUAAUGGAUUAACUAUCAUUGAAGCAACUCAUGUUCUCUUGGUGGAGCCCAUAUUGAACCCUGCUCAUGAGCUGCAGGCCAUAGGGAGGGUGCACCGAAUUGGACAGACAAAACCUACGAUUGUACACAGAUUCUUAAUUAAAGCAACAAUAGAAGAAAGAAUGCAGGCCAUGCUGAAAACUGCAGAGAGGAGUCACAUGAACUCAUCAGGGAAGCAUUCGGAGGCCUCCGUGCUGACCGUGGCCGGCCUGGCAGACCUGUUCACCAAAGAACCGGAGGAGCUCGAGUGAACUGCACUGCUGCAUCCCACACUUCGCCAAUGUAUGAAUAAGCUUCCGUGGCUGUAGAGUAAACUUCAGUAGAUGUCACAGACACUGUUCCUAGUCGAAUGAAUUUGUUUCGUGUUUUGGUUAUACACUGGCCUACUGUUAUUGAGUCUUUUUCAAUCUGCCGCUUUCAAAGGAUCUAUAAAGAUUUUUAAUUUUCCAGCCCUAGUAAAAUGUGUAUUUUUGUUCUGCAAAAUAUAUCCGUACAGGCAGGAGAAUUAAGAGAGGUAACAAAUACUUUUCUUUUGAUAAGACCAAUCUUUAAAAGAGCUAGAAUAAGAGCAAAAAGCAAUUUGUCGAAUUCUUCUGACCUGGAAUAUUCAGCCAACGUAGAUUUCAUUUUUGGAAGGGUCUUCAGUGUCUUUAGCACAUGAGUCACCAAUAACUUGUCAGUAAUAUUUUAAGUAAAUGCUGAACGAUAAGACCUCCUAGUCACUAAGUUUCAACAUAACAUUGUGCAUAGUAAUUUCACAGUAAUUCAACUUCUAGCAAUAACUUAAUGUUAGGCAAUUCUUUUCUCUGCAUCUUGCUACUAAAAUCAAAAUACUGAAAACUUCGUAUUUUUCAAUUAUGUGUUAAGUGGUGUCAGUGUUGUUAGUUCUAAAUUAAAUAGCAUUUUAAGUAUAUUAACAUUUACCUUACAAUUAACUGUCAUCUGUACUCUUAAUUUUUUUUCAUUUUUUACAUUUUGAUUGAUAUAUCUGUAAAUAUUGCAAUUUUUUAUGAUUGUCAGUCUUACCAUUAUAACAUGGAACUAUGGCAGGUGUUUUAAGUCAUUAUUAUACCAAUGUCUCGGAUUGUUUUCCUUUCCUGUGUUCUUAUGUAGCUACACAUUUUAGCCACUAAUAUCUAAAUUUAUGACAGAAUUUAUUUCAUUUCAGUCAUUCUUUCCUGAAGGACUAGUGUUUGAUUU